UCGCGGCGCGCCGCUGCCCCUCUCUCCGCGGCGCCAGCUCCGGGGAGUGAGGUGAACCGAGCACCUUAGCCAAGCGCUGCAGUGUGCUGAUCGUGUUGCCGCUGCCGACGCCGCCCUGCGCGCCGUGACCCGCGAUCCCAGACCCCGACUCCCUUUGGCUCGGCCCGCGCGCCCCAGGCCCGGCCCGGCCGGCGCGACGGGAGGAUGAGCGGCGGGCGGCGGAAGGAGGAGCCGCCUCAGCCGCAGCUGGCCAACGGGGCCCUCAAAGUCUCUGUUUGGAGCAAAGUGCUGCGGAGCGACGCGGCCUGGGAGGACAAGGAUGAAUUUUUAGAUGUGAUCUACUGGUUCCGACAGAUCAUUGCUGUGGUCGUGGGUGUCAUUUGGGGAGUUUUGCCAUUGCGAGGUUUCUUGGGAAUAGCAGGAUUCUGCCUGAUCAAUGCAGGAGUCCUGUACCUCUACUUCAGCAGCUACCUACAGAUUGACGAGGAAGAAUAUGGCGGCACGUGGGAACUCACAAAAGAAGGAUUUAUGACAUCUUUUGCCUUGUUUAUGGUCAUUUGGAUCAUCUUUUACACUGCCAUCCACUAUGACUGAUAGUGGACAGCCCCCCACCUGUUUCCUGUCCAAUCCAAAGGACCCUCAGAUUACAGCACAGAAAAGUGAUUGUUGGGCCAUCCCGGCCACACGGAACCUGGAAGACGCGUGUUUCCUGGACCAAGAAUUAGAAUGUUGAGCAUCAGUGUUUUCUACAAGAGCUGUGACCUAAAACUUUUAAAGAACCAUCUGCUUUGGGAAAGAACGCAUUUGUGAAUUUAUCCAUCACCAACCAUUUCUUGGAUACCAUCAUGUAACAGUCAUUUGCCAAGUGGAGCUGUCAUUUAAUUUGGUGCAUCUCUGAAUCCGGGUGAAACAUUAAAUUGUUUUCCUCGGUUCUCUGUCCCGUGUACAGUUUUAAAACUGUAAUCAGUGGCAUUUCAAGUCUUCUGAAAACAGUGUGGCAGUGUGUGUGUGGUCCAUAGCACAGUACAAAGACCUGUUUCCUUUGUAGAAUGUUUUCAGAUACUUGAAUAAACAAAUCUUUAAUGAGAA